GUAGCUCGGUGCUUGUGUACUUUAUUUAGAUGUGUAUGUUCGAGUUUAAUUCUUUUUUUUUUCUUUAUGAGUAUCACUGUUAAGGACAUUGUGUAUGAAGACGUCUCCCUUCAGGCGGAGUUGGUUUGCGCUAGCAGCGGAUCAGGGCGCUCAGCUUAGUUUGCAACUUGGAAUGUCAAAGUAGCACUUGAAAGUUUGUGAACCGCGCUGCUGUUGACACCUGGGCUUUCUCAUGGAAAACUACAGGAAGCAAAUGGAAUAUCGCAGAAUCGAGCCUGGAUUUGAAUUGUUAUCAUUUAAUAGUUUUAUAAAGCGCAUGUUUAUUUUAAUGCGUUUGAACUGUUGAUUAUUUCCCCCUUGUUUUCUCGCCUUUUUGGAUUUUCUUUAAUAGCCUAAUCUACACACCUGUGCGAAGUUUGUGCUGUCGGACUCACAGCACCUACGAUUUUAAUCAAUUGAUUGAUUGACAGUUAAUUGCUUUUUUUGUGAACAUGGAGGCGGAUCCAGGCUCUGGGGCAGAGUCUCAGGCAGCUGGAGCCGGUGUGGUUGAUAGUUUCUCCCAACUCUGGUCGGAUGUGAUGGGGAUGUUGGAUGGCUCUCUGGGUAAUAUCAACGAUCUAGCGCAGGAAUACUCGGAAUACUACAACACAUGCUUCAGUGACGUCAGCGAGCGCAUGGAGGAGCUACGCAGGCGUCACAUCUCCCAGGAACUCGAAAUGGAAAAAGCAGACUCCAGUUCCCUCCAUUUGAACUCUGAGAUCCAGGAGUUGCUCAGUUUCAGCAGUGAGGUGUCUACGCCAGAAACGGAAAGAAAGAUCUCUCUGCACAAGUCCAACUCUGAAGAUGGCUCAGGAAAAUGGGAUAACAAGAAGAAGAACAAAUCUUUUUGGCAAAACUUUAGAAAAUCCCAGAAAGGGCUCAUGCGACAGAGCUCUAAAGGAGAGGACAUCGGCUAUGUGGCCAGCGAGAUCACCAUGAGUGACGAAGAGCGCAUCCAGCUAAUGAUGAUGGUCAAAGAGAAGAUGAUCACAGUAGAGGAGGCUCUGGCUCGGCUUAAGGAGUAUGAGAGAAGCAGGCAGUUAAGCACCAGUUCAGACACUGCAGAGUGUGCUGAUGGAGCCAGUCCCACUGUUAACCUACCCUCCACCUCCAAUUCUCGUGAACAGUCCGAUGAUGAGCAAGAAGACUCUGUGAAAUUUAAGAGGCUUCACAAACUGGUCAACUCCACUCGGCGUGUCCGCAAGAAACUUAUCAAAGUAGAUGAUGGCAAAAGGCAGGGAUCAGAAGACUCUCUGAGCUUGGACAUGUCCCCUUCAUGCGAGGACACCAGUGCCCUAUAUGCAGGUGUCAGUAAAAAAGGCACCCACUGCAUGAUGGGCUCAUCACAGUCAUCUCUGACCCAAGAUCAGGUCUCGGUGGAUGAAGACAAGAACAGCUUAAGUAUGUCUCCAUCUUCUAGCAGCUUGGAGGCCUGGAACUCUGCACACAGGCUGAUAAAACCUUCACCUAACCCGCACAGCCUGGUUCGGCCUCUAGCUAGCGCCGGCACAGAGGAUGAGCCUGAGACCAGGAAGACGUCCCUGUCUCACGGGAGGACAUGUAGCUUUGGGGGUUUCGAUCUGUCCAACCGAUCACUUCAUGUGGUCAGUACGGCUUCUGAACCUCAUGAGCAAGAGGCUCUGUACAGGGACGUGAUAAAGUCUCCUACAAGCUCUCGCAUCUCUCUGGGAAGGAAAGUCAAGUCUGUGAAAGAAACGAUGAGAAAACGCAUAUCCAAGAAAUACAGUAGUUCUCUCUCUGAACAGUCCAGUCCAGAUGGGAUUCCCAGCUCUCCUCAAUCUCCUCAGUCAGACACUGACUCACUGGAAAAGCCCAAACUAAAGGCAGGAGGAUCUGUUGAGAGUCUGCGCAGCUCUCUCAGCGGACAGAGUUCCAUGAGUGGCCAGACAGUGAGCACAACAGACUCCUCUGCCAGUAACCGUGAGAGUGUGAAAUCAGAGGAUGGAGAUGAUGAAGAGCCUCCGUACAGAGGGCCUUUCUGUGGCAGAGCCAGAGUGCACACAGACUUCACUCCCAGCCCUUACGAUACAGACUCACUCAAACUAAAGAGAGGAGAUGUGAUUGACAUCAUCAGUAAGCCGCCAAUGGGCACAUGGAUGGGGCUCCUCAACAACAAGGUCGGUACCUUCAAAUUUAUCUAUGUGGACGUCCUAGGAGAGGAGGAGGAGAAACCCAAACGCACCAUGAGAAGGAGGAGAAAGGGUCGAGCUCCAAAACCCAGCUCUGUAGAAGAGCUUUUAGAAAGAAUCAACCUAAAGGAGCACAUGCCUACAUUCUUGUUUAAUGGCUAUGAGGAUUUGGACACUUUUAAGCUGCUUGAAGAAGAGGAUCUGGAUGAGUUGAACAUCAGAGACCCUCAACACAGGGCUGUACUGCUCACUGCUAUAGAGCUACUACAGGAAUAUGAUAGCAGCAGUGACCCUGAGCGCAGUGCCCUUUCUGGCUCCCAAGAAAAACUCUUCUGUGAGGGGAGGGGCUUGGCAACUAACUCCCCACGGGACUCUGGUUGCUAUGAAAGCAGCGAAAACCUGGAGAACGGUAAGCCUCGUAAAGUAUCUCGCUCAAGUCGCCGUUCUUCUGGCUUUGAAUCUGGUCAAGUCCAGUCCAUGGAUUUUCCCAUGCUUCCCAUCAGCCUCUCCACAGAGGAGCUGCAGCAUCAAUCCAAGAAGGAAUGCAGGUUCCCCAAACACUUUCUUCCCCGGCCUAUCAAGGGAUUCAGCCUGCGUUCUCUGGGUCUAAGAAAAGGCCUUCGAUCAGGACCAAGGUGUCAAAUGCCAGCCAGUCGCAGCUGUGAGGAGCUUGAUGGGACUUCAGAUGCUCCAGAGCACUGGAAACGCUCUCACUCUCUGGGUGACAUACAGUGGCAGUAUGCUUUUGACAAGAGCAAUGAGAAAAGAGACAAGACCCAACAUGGUGGUGAAAGGCAGGAAAAGGCAAACAAUGCAAUUCUCCAGUCUAGCUCUCAGAACAGUAGGGAAUCCUGGUUAGACUCAAAGCCAGAAUUGUGUAGAGCAAAACAGGAUCAAGUAGAGAGACUUCUAGUGCCCACCCAGCUGCCUUUCAAGUCUUUAUCCCAUGCUCCAGAUAAACAGCCUGGCUCUGCCCCAACCAGUCCAGCUCCUCGUAUUCACCCUAAAAAGCCUCCUGUUCCCCCUCCUGUUCCUGCCAAAAAGUCCAAAGAGCGCCUAGUAAAUGGGUUGCGACACCCAUCUUUGGUCCUGCCAAGUUCUAGUCCAGGCACACCAACUCUGUCCUCUAAACCCUUAAGCAGUCCUACUAGCCCCUCUGAAAGUAUUCUGUCCACUUCAGUGUCUCCAGAUGAUUCAGAGAAACCACCACCCUGGCUUUCUGACCUGCCCGAGUCUGCCUGCCCACAGAUUCAGGGAGUCAAGGUAACCCUUGGCAGGAAAAUUUCCCAUGCCAAAAUGACUGAUUUGGAGACACUACUGGAGGAGAAGCUUAGCGCAGAGGGCAUCGAUCUUAUGGCAGAGCCUUACUCGGAUAAGCAUGGUCGCUGUGGUAUUCCUCAGAUCUUGGUGCAGAGAUACUCUGAGGACUUCCAGCAGCCACUGAAAGACGUGGCAUCAACACUGGACCAGAUCAGAGUUAAGCAGCUGCGGAAGGAGCACCGCAUGGCUAUUCCCUCUGGAGGUUUGAUGGACAUGUGUCGGAAGCCCAUGUCUCCAGUGCACUUAAGCUCCAUUUCUGAUUGGCUGGUGUCCAUUGGCAUGCCUAUGUAUAAGGACCUCCUACUGGCAGCAGGCUAUGACACACUGGGCCAUUUGUCUGCUCUUACUGAAACAGCAGUACGCAAGGCAGGACUACAGGAGGAGAGACAUAUCCGCCGAUUACUCAGCGAAGCCCGGCUCAUCACAGCUAAAAGCAUGUCACAGUCUUAAAAACACAGGACUGCUUUUUGAACAGCUUGUGCUGUUCUGAUGAUGAAACACAUCAGGUGUAUUUCCAGUGGCAAAUCAAGUGCUGCAGUGGAAUGAGGAAUAAAUCUGGGUUUUCUGUAGCAUUUCAUGAAAAUAUAUUUUCAUCUACAUCUUCCAA